AUGGUGCCCUUAUUUAAGACACCAAAAAGAAGGAAGGAGGAGGAUCAGGAGGAGGAAACAAACAAAACAAAACAAACAUUUUUUGUGCGCGAGCUCCUGUUAGCUGUAGUUGCAACUUUUCUUCUCAAAUUAUUCCAGAAUCCUCGUAAUGACUUUGAGUUUUUUCCAUUCUCAUGCGUAUUUCCCCCUUUCAUACAUAUAUACAUAUAUAUAAAUAUAUAUAUCUAUGUAUUCCACCGCAAUGUUUAUAUAUUUAUCUAUUUUUUUGUUUGCCUUUUUUUUUUUCAGGACGUUGCGGGGAUUUCUGCUUUUUGUUUUAUUGCUGGGCGCGAGAUCGACACUAUUAAAUUAAGGGAAGGAGUAUUGAUUACUGCCCCCCUUUUUGUACCUUCCCGUUCAUAUUUCUCUUCAUUACUAUCAUUAUAUCACUUACUGUUGUCAUUAUUAUCACUACCAUUACCAUUACCAUUAUUAUUGUUGUUGUUAUUGUUAUUAUUUCCACUAUGCUUACGUUGA